AUGACAGAGCGCUACGACUGCCACUACUGCAAGGAGUCCCUGUUUGGGAAGAAGUACGUCCUGCGAGAGGAGAAUCCCUACUGUGUGAAAUGUUACGAGAGCCUGUACUCUAACACCUGUGAGGACUGCAAGAAGCCCAUUGGCUGCAAUACUCGAGAUCUGUCUUAUAAAGACCGCCACUGGCAUGAGGACUGCUUCAAGUGCUUCCAGUGCAAGCGCUCCCUAGUGGACAAGCCCUUCUCCACCAAGGAUGAGCAGCUUCUGUGCACCGAGUGCUACUCCAAUGAAUACUCCUCCAAGUGCCAUGAGUGCAAGAAAACCAUAAUGCCUGGCUCCAGGAAGAUGGAGCACAAGGGCAACAGCUGGCAUGAGACGUGCUUCACCUGCCAGCGAUGCCAGCAGCCCAUUGGCACCAAGAGUUUUAUCCCCAAGGAUAACCACAACUUCUGCGUGCCCUGCUAUGAAAAGCAAUUUGCCAUGCAGUGCGUGCAAUGCAAGAAGCCCAUCACCACUGGUGGAGUGACCUACCGGGACCAGCCUUGGCACAAGGACUGCUUCCUGUGCACUAGCUGCAAGCAGCAACUGUCUGGCCAGAGGUUCACCUCAAGAGAUGACUUUGCCUACUGCCUCAACUGCUUCUGCAACCUCUAUGCCAAGAAGUGUGCUUCCUGCACCACCCCCAUUAGCGGCCUCGGAGGCAGCAAGUACAUUUCCUUCGAGGAGCGCCAGUGGCACAACGACUGCUUCAACUGCAAGAAGUGCUCCGUGUCCCUGGUUGGCCGCGGGUUCUUGACCGAGCGCGAUGAUAUCCUGUGCCCGGAGUGCGGCAAAGACAUCUGA